AGAUUAGAAAGAAAAUUGCAUAAACCCAAAAUCAAAUCAACAAACUACCAUGGCUGCAAGAUUAAUUCAAAAGAUUUUAAAAAGUAUUGGAAUUAAUGUUUCCCGGGACACAAAUGCAUUGCCCUCCUCGAGUGGUAUAAAGGUUAGCACAACCCCUGCCUGUGGCCGUUCCUAUUCAUCGGGUGUACGCAAAGUCACUUUGAUUCCUGGUGAUGGUAUUGGACCUGAAAUUUCUGCUGCUGUGCAAAAGAUUUUCACCGCUGCCAAUGUACCCAUUGAAUGGGAAGCCGUUGAUGUGACUCCCGUCAGGGGUCCCGAUGGCAUGUUCGGUAUUCCUCAAGCUGCCAUUGAUUCCGUGAACACAAACAAAAUCGGUUUGAAGGGCCCCUUGAUGACACCCGUUGGCAAGGGUCAUCGCUCUUUGAAUUUGGCCUUGCGUAAAGAAUUCAAUUUGUACGCCAAUGUCCGGCCUUGCAGAAGUUUGGAGGGUUACAAGACAUUGUACGAUAAUGUCGAUGUUGUUACCAUUCGUGAGAACACUGAAGGUGAAUACUCUGGCAUUGAACACGAAAUUGUUGAUGGUGUUGUCCAAAGUAUUAAAUUGAUUACCGAGGAGGCCUCAAAGCGUGUUGCCGAAUAUGCCUUCCAAUAUGCAAAGAAUAACAACAGGAAGAAGGUUACCGUUGUCCACAAGGCCAACAUUAUGCGUAUGUCUGAUGGUUUGUUCUUGCGCUGUGUUCGUGACAUGGCCAAUAACUAUCCCGAAAUUCAAUUCGAAGAAAAGUAUUUGGAUACCGUUUGCUUGAACAUGGUACAAGAUCCCAACAAAUAUGAUGUUUUGGUCAUGCCUAACUUGUAUGGUGACAUUUUGUCUGAUAUGUGUGCCGGUUUGGUUGGUGGUCUUGGUUUGACUCCCUCUGGCAACAUGGGUCUUAACGGUGCCCUCUUCGAAUCCGUUCACGGUACUGCCCCCGAUAUUGCUGGCAAGGAUUUGGCCAACCCCACUGCCUUGUUGUUGUCUGCUGUUAUGAUGUUGAGACACAUGGAACUUAACUCCCAUGCCGAUAAAAUCGAACAAGCCUGUUUCGCCGUCAUCAAGGAGGGCAAAUAUUUGACUGGUGAUUUGGGCGGCAAGGCCAAGUGCUCUGAAUUCACAAAUGAAAUUUGCUCCAAACUGUAAAUAUUUCCUAUAUUUCGGCAGCAACAGAAAAAAUAGCAUCGCCACAAACUCAUAUUUGUUCUAAGCCAAAUAAAUAAUUGCAUCGUUCAAAACAA